AUGUCGAUCCCGACAGUUGCCCAAGUCUUCGAGUCCGGAAUCAACGCCGCGCCCGCCAGCGCCAUGGAGAACAACUCGCUGGAUGCCUUGGUCCGGCUCCAACUUGCGGCCGCUUCCAGGGAGUUGGCCAUGAAUGCCGGAGACUCUUCGUCUCCCAACAACUCCAAGAACCUCAUUAGUGAUGUCGGAGAGUAUCUAACCCAGACAGCCCAGAUGUGGUUUUCCUUGACAGAUAAACUUGUUCAGGGACCUCAUGUGGCGGUGGCUGCUGAAGAGGCCCACGAGCAGAACUUUUCUAAGACUCACAUGUCCGACUUGAAACCUAUGGCCAUCAUGGACAUGAACAUCACCAAGCUUAGCAAGAUACGCGACCUGACCGAGAAGUUCUCCCGGGAUGUUGAGGAGAUCUGGAGGCGAAGACCUGAGCCUGGAUCGGUGGUCUCUGCGCCAUCCUACCAGACCGCUUCUCCGUUUCCCACCAUCAAGACCGAGAUGAGCUGGAACCAGCCGUCUAUCGUGGGAAGUGAUGUAGAUCAUAGAGUCCACAACGGCCAGAAGAUGAUGUUGACGUCGCACAUCGCUGAUGGCCAUCCGUCGCCUGGGCCGAAUGCAUCCGCUUCAGAUGAUUCCGAAGAAGAUGAGGACGAGCAGUUCGCCAAGAUCGACAUGGAAGCCCUCAAGCAGAGAGGCAAGGGCUCUUACUACUGUCCCUUGGGACACCGAUGCGAUAAGGGCGGGGUGGACAAGGACGGAAAACUGGUGCUCUUUGACAGAAACUCUUCAUUCGCG